AUGCUGAGCACAAGGCAUACAGAUGUAAGUUUAAUCCAGGCAACGGCCAGAGCUGGGGAAGUGAAUAUGGGGUUGCCCUUUUGCUAACAUUCUGUAGUUUCCAGGAGAUUAUUUAGGACCCAGAGCAGCUGUCAAGGUGGGCUUCGCGGGAGAGAUGAAAACCUCCUGGAACUGUCUGUCAUGUUUUAUCCUCUCCAUUUCUUUGCGUGGAUCUAUGCGUUUCCACUCUUGAAGCUCAGAAGCAAGAGGUGUUAUCUCUUGCACUGAGCUCAGCUUAAAACGGAAAUUGCAAGACUCUAUAUCUGCUCGCCAGCUCCUGAUGAUCUCUGAUAUAGAGAUAAAGCGAGAGGAGGACCCCUGGAUGAAUCAAGGAAAAACUUGCUGGGGCUAACUCACACAACCCCUGCUUUUUUUGAGCUGUGAUUUGUAGAAAUUUUUUUUUUUUUUCUUUUAAUCCCUAAAUUGUGCUGGAUUUGCGUUUUUUUGUAUUUGUCUGCAGUGAUUCCUAAUUUGUUUCUCAAACCAGCGGAGGCAGAGAUGCUGUAAUUUUGUGCUUGGAUUUGGACUUCCUUUGAGAGGAUUUAGUUUUCACCUGAUCAGCGGUCCUUCAGCGUUUGAAUACAUUCUGUUCUGCCCUCCCACUUCUCUGCAGUCCUUUUUUUUUCUUAUUAACCAUUGUGAUUUGGUCAGUGACUUUAUCGCAACUUCAUCAGACACAGUUUUUGAGGUCGGAUUAACAUCCUACAGACUGAACAGUGUCACACUCUUCAGUGGAUCCUCAGACUUUCCACCUCUGGGACUAUCUGCGAGUGUGACAGAUCCAAGAUGCAGGUGUCACUAGUGUGCACGGACCAUCGUGGGGGGGUGAGCCGCACCACGGAGGACCGGCUAAACCGACAGAACGCUAACAGCCCCAACACAGGCACCCGCAGCAAGUUCAGAGCUGUGGCGAUGGUGGCUCGCAGCCUCGGACAACUCUCUGUUCAGAGUGUGCCUACCUCCAGCGAGCAAAGCAUGAGGACUGGCAUGAAGUAUCGAAACCUUGGGAAGUCGGGCCUGCGGGUGUCCUGCCUUGGAUUAGGAACAUGGGUGACGUUUGGCGGACAGAUAACGGAUGAGAUGGCAGAGCAGCUGAUGACUCUGGCGUAUGAAAAUGGCAUCAAUCUGUUUGACACAGCGGAGGUCUACGCUGCUGGAAAGGCAGAGGUGGUGCUCGGAAACAUCAUAAAGAAAAAAGGAUGGAGACGUUCAACUCUGGUGAUAACAACAAAGAUCUUCUGGGGUGGAAAAGCUGAGACUGAAAGAGGUUUAUCCCGAAAACACAUUAUAGAAGGUUUAAAGGCCUCUCUAGAAAGACUGCAGUUAGACUAUGUGGACGUGGUGUUUGCAAAUAGACCGGACCCUAAUACACCCAUGGAAGAAACAGUUCGAGCAAUGACCCAUGUGAUAAAUCAAGGCAUGGCCAUGUACUGGGGAACAUCCCGCUGGAGUCCAAUGGAAAUAAUGGAAGCAUACUCUGUGGCGCGACAGUUCAACCAGAUUCCUCCCAUUUGUGAGCAGGCUGAGUACCACAUGUUUCAGAGAGAGAAGGUGGAGGUGCAGCUACCUGAACUCUUUCACAAGAUAGGUGUGGGGGCCAUGACAUGGUCACCACUGGCCUGUGGGAUCAUCUCAGGGAAAUACGACGGCAGGGUGCCUCCCUACUCUCGGGCCUCUCUGAAGGGCUACCAGUGGUUGAAGGACAAGAUCUUGAGCGAGGAGGGCCGGCGUCAGCAGGCGAAGUUGAAAGAGCUGCAGGCAAUCGCGGAGCGGCUGGGCUGCACUCUGCCCCAACUCGCCAUCGCGUGGUGCCUACGGAACGAGGGGGUGAGCUCAGUCCUUCUAGGAGCGUCCAACACCGACCAGCUGAUGGAGAACAUAGGAGCGAUACAGGUUCUUCCAAAGUUGUCAUCCUCCAUCACACAUGAGGUGGACAGCAUCCUGGGGAACAAGCCGUUCAGUAAAAAGGACUACCGCUCUUAACACGAAGCACAGCCCCGCCCGGCAGGGCUGCACCCGGGCUACAGCAGCGCCCCACCUUUGCCUGAUCCUCUGUUUGCUUGAGCUUUUACUAAGUGAGACCCUGGCGCAUGAGUCUGGCCACACCAAGGCCACGCAGGGCACCUCAUUUAGAGGGAUAAGAUAAGAAAAAAGGGGAAAAAAUACAGUCACCUCCACAGGAAAUGAAAGGAUUGACAAAGAAAGACAAGUGGAUGAGGGAUAUGCGCUCAUACCUAAAUCAGUUAUAUACAUUCAAUUCAGCUGAAGGUAUUUUAAAACCAUAGAGAAAGAUUACUUUAAAAAAAAAAAAUAAGCACACGCUUGCUUGGCAGCCAGAAUUCUUUUUUGUUUGUUUGUUUUUCCAAAGAUGAUUGCAACUAAAAGGAAGAUGAAGUUCAUACUGUAUGGAUAGACAAGAACUACA